UGAGCCAUUUAACAGUGGCAAAGCAUAUGAGGAGAACACACAUCAGUAAACACAGUUCUCAGGAAACAGUCUACUCUGAGGAGUUAGAAGGUUACUGUGCAAAGUGGGAAUUGUGUCUUCCAGUUCACUUGGUGCUUCUGGGAAAGCUGUCUGGUGCAACUUGGAGAUCAGGAAUUGGAAUGUCACAUUUUUAAGACCGGCUGCUUUGUUGAGCUGUCUAAAAGAAGAUGAAUAAUAGGACAAAGAUCACCAUAUCCAUGGAAGAAUUAAACUUUUCUUCUGAUUACAGUUACAAUUACAGUGAGAAUUAUGAUGAAUCCUGUUGUGGAGAACUUAUAGUAUGUGAUCAGGAGUCUAGCAUGUACUUUGAUUCAAUUUUUAUUCCGGUCCUUUACUCGCUGGCGCUGGUGGUGGGGUUGGUGGGAAAUGGGCUGGUACUAGUGGUACUGUGGAAGAAAAGGCAGAGAAUGAAUUCUACCCACAUCCUCAUCCUCCAUCUGAGCUUAGCAGACAUUCUGCUGCUGCUAACACUGCCCUUCUGGGCUGUAGAAGCAGUGAAGGGGUGGAUCUUCAGCACAGUGCUCUGCAAACUGAUUGGAGCUCUGUUCAAGAUCAAUUUCUACUGUGGCAUUUUCAUGCUGUCCUGCAUCAGUCUUGACCGCUACCUUUCAAUCGUCCAUGGAGUGCAGAUGUAUUCUCGUAAAAAGCCCAUGGUGACUCACUUUUGGUGCCUGAUGGUCUGGCUCCUCUGCCUUCUGCUCUCCAUUCCUGAAUGGAUAUUUCUUACAGACUAUAAAAAUUCCAGACAUCAAAAUAAAAUAGAAUGUGUUCCAUAUUAUCCGUCUGACUCUUGGUGUCUGGUCUCUCGUUGGCUCUACCAUAUUUUAGGUUUCAUUCUUCCAGCACUAAUAAUACUGUUAUGUUACUCUUGCAUCCUGCUGCAGCUGCGGCGCAGCUCUCAGUGCAAGCAGAAAAAGAGGGCCAUCCGUGUCAUUGUAGCACUGGUAGUAGCCUUCUUCAUCCACUGGACGCCCUAUAACAUCACCCUCAUCGCUGACACCAAAAAAGCCAAUAAUGCCUUCAUUCCCAGUAACCAAGCAUCCUGUAAAAGCACCACAACAUUAGAUAUAGCUCUCACAGUUACUUCCACAUUGGCUUACUUACACUGCUGUGUCAACCCAAUGCUUUUUGUGGCCCUGGUGUUACGGAAGAGCUCUGUAUGGUUAUAGUUGGUGGACACCUCACACACAUCUGCUUUUUUGAAAUAUCGUAUGCCAUCAUACCGAUGUCAUCUUUUUUGCAAACUUUAACAUCUUCAUCAUCAUUAUGUCAGAGCAGGUUUUUUGGUCAAAUUUUUGUUUUGUCAAAAUUGACUUUCUGUGACUUGUUCAGUGAAUCAAACGUAUAAUCUGUAAAACAGCUACAUAUUGAAGUUUGAAGUUAUUGUGUAGUCUAGUAAAAUGUUUAUUUUCCUACUGUUUUUAAUUGUCUUUUAAUAUUAAUAUUUUUUUCUAUGAUGAUGUUGUGUUUUGAAAGAUUUCAUUUUGAUGUAAAAACAUUUUCAGACAUUUUGAAUUGUCAUUUAAUACUGAACCCAAGUGUUUGUUAUUGUUCUUAUGUAGUCUUAUAUUUUGAUGUAUAACUUUGUUGAACCUACAUGUAUCUUUUUUCAGUACUAGCAUAAAACCUGUAGCUGUAAUGCCAAAUCUGUAUCUUCAUUAAUGCUGUAAAGGAUAGUUGUGUGUAUGAUUAUUAUUACCAUAUUGUCAGUUUUUUGCAGUAUAAGAUCAGAGU